GCACGAACUGAGAGUUGAGAGCAUAAAUCAUCUACAAGAGUGUUUAGCGAGGUAGGCCACUUUUUUCAUCCGUUUCAGUUUUCGUACCUUCAUGACAAAUGUUUAGUUGAUUAACGAUAUGUUGAUUGGCAGCGAUAAAAAUCAUGAAAAGAUAACCUUUUUUUUCUAGAAAAGAUAGAAACGAACAUAGCAACAAUAUUCUGUUCUUCGCGUUUAAAAACAACUGCUGUGCUUCUGAAAUCAUAUUUAUUUUGUAUACGGUUAAGAGGUCAGUAUUACAAAAAAUAUAUAUAUUGAGAUUGCAUCUAUUCUCGUGUUUUAGAUUGGAAGAUGUAUUGAACGCUCAUGGGAUUUUUUUCUUUUUUGCUUCCAAAUUCUGCAGGUCUCUGAACAUUUAAAAAAUAUAAUACAUGCACGCGCAGUACGCAAUUGUGAAAUAUCACUUUAAAACAUGUUAACAGGUGGCAGUAUAAAAAGUGACAUUUUCCUGAGUAGAUUAACAGUUGAGAGAGCAGUUAUAAAUCAUAAAUUUGGCAGAAGUUUCAGUGAACAAUGCUCCUUUAUUUUCAUCGCGACAAACACUGAUGUUUUCUUUCGUGAGAGAAAACCAUAGUCAACCAAUUGCAACAAUCAACAAAAUUCUAAUGAAAACGUUAUGAUCACUUUCUAUCAGAUGUGCAUAUGAUAACAGCUACAAAUUUGCAGAUGCGUUGUUUAACCAAAAGGAACACGCAAUUGCUCUGUUAGUUGUAACUUCUGUUAGAAAGAAAAUUCCUUAUGUAUAUAUUAUUGAAUUCAGUGAACAUAAAGUUUGAAAUGCAAAGCCGUUUUAACUACAUAUUUGUUUUUAGAAUGAACACGUCGAAUGUUUCGAUAAAAUUCAUGACUACCACUGAUGUGAAAUAACCUAACUCAGGGCUCACGAAAGUUGCCGUGACCAAAACUAUCACUUCGAAUUUUCAUACGCUUUGCACGCUAUUUGUUCACUAAGCAACCGUCUUUGUCAUGAUGAUGAAAACAUUGCGAGGAUGAUGUAUGCUUUAGCGGUCCAAAUGUUUUCCAAACUUAAGCAGCCAUCUGAAUUAACACUUUUUAAAAGUUUCCUACAAACAAGAAAUUUCACUCCUCCGAGAGAGCCCGAGGGAUUACAAAAAUUGUCCUAUUGGUGUGGAAACUCUUCCAAAUUACUGGACUUACCCGCUAGAUUUACUUUGCUCGUUGCUAAUGAGACAUAAGUUGUACUUAACAAAACAUUGGCACGAGUUACUUCUUACGGGAGGGCCCGAGAGGGUUAAAAUUAUUGUCCUGGUGGGGUCGGUGGUGAAAAAGUAAAGGGGUUUUAACUGUUAUGCAUAUUUUCAUUUUUCUGUAUUAAGGCCGAAUAACUUGCGUCGAUUACAUGCGCAGCUUACCACUAUUGUUGCGUAAUAACCGUACAUGAGCUACCCAACCGGUAUAAAUCCUCAUUGCAAACAGUUCAUCUUUAAAAAUGAAAAAAAAAAAAAAAUAGAUUUGAUGACGGUUUCUACAGUGACUAGCUGAUAUAUUGACAAGUGAAUGCCCUAUUUUCUGUUUUCUUAGGAUUUGAAUGAGCUGAUUUUCAUGUAGAUUAAAAAGCAUUGUUGGGGAGGGCCUUGACAGUUUCCAUUCAGUGUUUUACAUAUGAACUAAGCCUUGUCGUCAUUUCAAAAUUUUUCCAGCGUACAAUCAACAAAAGAAACCUUCGGCAACAGUCCAAUUCCAAUUAAAAACCUUUACACGAGAUGAAAUUAGUGGCCUAAAGAUUUAUUUAUUUUCCCUGACUACUUCAGGGGGGUUCUUCACGUGGUAUUUUCCCUUAAAAAUCAUGGAUAUCUUCCAGUUGAAGUCCAGCCAAUUGUAAAAUUGUGACGGUCAACAGGAACUUGGUGGCUUAUUCCUGCAGAGCUGCCGAAUAGUAUGUCCUUGUGUAUGACUGGGCUUAAAAUUUUUUCUUACAUAAUUUUGACAAAAAAAUUAACAUUGGGAGAACUGCCUUUCUUUAAAGAUGUAUUUAAAUAUUUUCAUUGUCAAAAUUUGAUUGUCAAGUGACAGGUUAUCAUUUAGUUAUGACGGGCGGAUUGCACUGUUUUGCAAACAUAAUUAGUGCGGCGUUUUGGUUCGAAAUUGCUUUACAACGAGUAGGUGUGUUUUUUGUAUUAACAAGGACUGAGCUCAGUAGAUAGAUAAUCAAAACAAUCUCUUUUGUGCGACGAAAUUGUCAGACAUUGUCUUAAAUUGCUAGUACAAGACCACUGCGGGAGUCUGUAGCCAUUUCAGCCCUAAACGAGGAAUUGUAAAUAUACAAAAAAAACAUUUUUAAAUAUUUUCUCCCCCGUACAGGAAACUCUGUUAGACAAAUUCUCACUUUCAUCAAGUGAUUUUUAUUCGGAAAGAGUAAUAUGAACUUGAAAUACUUCUAUUCCAGCUCGUAAAUAAACGUUCACUAGAAUCCCUGGCUAUGAUCCAAAACUAUACCCUAAUUGACGUUUAGUAACAAUUAAGUUUAUUCAUUUGUCAGUGGUUAGGAUGUGAGUGUUUGGAACCCGGCCCAUUAAUUACAAUUUAUUUUCAAUGGAGAGGACGGCGUACCUCAACCAAGCAGGUACAUGCAACAAACUAUUAUAUUUCAUAUUUCAGGAACCACGGUACAAAUUUAAAAUUAUUACUCAAUUGGAAGAGUUUGCAUGAUGAAAAAAUUUAAAGAAAUCAAGUGAAAUUCGUCUUCAAUUCGGUAAGUUUGCUGUCUUUCGUGUAGAUAUAGUUACUUAAAAUCUAUGACGGCUACGAUGAUGAAGCUAAAACGCGAUGCUCUGAAAUUUAAAUACGAUCGAUAUGCCUUGCCGGCGUUCGAUUUCUUUCACUUCUUUUCAGCCAAUGCGAGCGAAUCUAUAAUUUUUCUUAGAAUAUGUGUGUCUUAGGGAGCAUCUCAACGUCUAACGAUGAAAAAAUUAUCUAUUAUCACCAAUUAUAGUCGCUGAUGCCGUGCAAUGUCACCUUAACUGAUUCGCGUUAUUCCAAUUUUGGGACGUUCACAGUCUUUUGUUAUUAAGCCAAAUCGACCUUAACGCGUCACUACCAAGAUGAAAUUUGUCAAACAACUCAGAUAUUUUGAGAUAAACCUAGGUAUAAAGAAUAUUUUGAUUAAAAAUAAACAAUAUUGUUGAAAAUUCUCUUUUUUUCUUUUUAAACUUGCUCUUUUAAAGAAGCUUGAGACGCUGGUAAUUCAACAAAACAAAAUGUGCCGUUGCUCCUUUUGUCUAUAGAGCUUUCUUUCUGUACCGAGUAUGUCCAGUAGGUGAAUACUGAAGACACUUGGAUGUUAAUACUAGUACACGUAUACAAAUAGUCCCAUUUUAUGUCAGUGCAAGAAAUGUCGCCUGUUUACCGAGAGAACAUAUCUGUUUACUUAAUGCAGGGAGCCUUAAUCGACUUUUACUUAAAUUACUCUUUCACCAGUUCUCUUUUAUCUUUAUUUUCGAAAUUUUGACGUUAUGGUGUACGUUUCCAUCUGUUUUGUCCUUAUCAAAUAUUUAAUAAUUAUGAAAUUGUUGUGAACUUUUCAAUUAUGGCAAACAAGUGUGGGAAGGAAAAUUUGUUACACGCUGGGUGAUCACAUUUAUUUACUUUUAAUGUUAAGGGAUUCGAGGCUUGUCAAUGAUCAGUAAGUUCAAACAAGCAGUAAUAUAAUCGAACGAAAUUUUGCAAGUAUCAUAUCUCUUAAUCACUUUGCAAGUUGCUAAUGAGACAUAAGCUGUACUUUACAAAACAUUGGCGAAUAAGUCACUUCUUACAAUGCCAAAACAUAACAUUACAGGUUCUGCGUAUUAGUCUCGAAAAAAAAAAAGAGAGAAAACAAUUAAUCGUUGCUAGUAAUCCGUUGGAGCACGAAAGUUUGCGUGGCAAGUAAAACAGUACAUACACCUGUUAGAUUUGCGACUAAUUUGUUGCUUCUCUAAAUCAAAAUUGAGGUAAAGUGCAAGUUUCCACUAUUUAAGACAGGAAAGUACUUUAUUACGAGGUGAUAGUUUUUUUUUUCUUAUCGCUAUCAAAAUUAGUUCUUAAGUUAAGUUGUUCAUUCUUUCAAGAAGCAUUGCUGAACCGGCGGCUGCAAAAAAGUUUCAGUUUUUUAAUUUUAACUUGGAAAUGGCUUCUGUUCAAUUUCUCUUUUAUAUGUAACUGAAAACGGUUUCUUUCUCAGCUCUUUACAUCGGUGUUACUGACAAUUUAGGUUUUAAAUGAUUCUGUAGUUUCAACACCUGAUCGACUAUCAAAAUCUUAACUCUUCUUGCUUGGAAAAGGAGAAUUCGUACUGUCAUCAUUCUUCCACAAAAUAUCAUAUUAUAUAACUAUAAGUCACCAUUAUUUGUUAACAACACUGAUUUCGUGCACAUUGUUACUCUGUUUUCAUGCUGUUGAAGUGCAAUGCUUUUUAUCUAGAAUUGACUUUCUUCCGCCACUUUGCAGAAAAAGCAGUUGUUAACUAAUUCAAUUUUACAUAGAAAAGCUAAAAUAUUUCAUGCUGUUCUAAAAGCUGGUUUUCAAAACCUUCUUUAAGUCUGAAAUUUAGGACAAUACCAUCAGUAAUUAUGUAGACUAACACACGAAAUGUAAUAAUGAUAGUACAAAAUUAGACUUCGUAACCGCAAUGUCACGUAUUUAUUGACUCAACAGCCAGUUUUAUUACACUGGCGGAUAUUACAAGAUACUAAACUAAUUCCCGAUUGGAGUGUAGUGUUUACCGCAGAAAAAUAGGGAGGUUUUAUUUCUUUCCAUCUUCCUUUCUCUGCGGGAAACGACUAAGAUUCGUGUUUUUUUUUAUCUGCGAAUAGACACACAAAAAAAUAGGAAGUUGCUGAUAAUUACUUACAAUGAAUAUCAUGCAGAGAUACAGAACCCUCGUUGAAGUCGCGUGGUAUGAUCUGGCUGAUGACAUGCAAUUUAGUUCCUAACUUACAAAAACAGCUGUAAUGCCAAUCAAUAUUACAUCCUGCUUCGCACAAAACAAAACAGACCGUCCGCUAAGCAACAUCUUGCCGACUUAUGACCAAGGGAAGGCCUCACUUGAAUCGUAGGAGGGUAAGUCUUUGGAGAGCCUAGCUCAAUGGCUGAGGACAUGAAACCUAGUUAAGUUUGAAUCCAGGUAUUCAGCACGUUUGAACUGUUCGGCGAUGAACCAAGUCACCGGCAGGAGCAAACUGCUGAUACAAUGGCGGACAAAACAGGAAACUCAAAGCAAAGUGCAUCUCUGUGAUAUUCUUACAUCAAGAAACGCUGACAGUGAAAACGAUACACAUUAUACUCACUUUUUUUCAGUCGAUAAAGGCAAAUUUAUCCGUGUGAUGGUCUUCGUAAUCUUUUUGGUGAAUUGAGGGACACAAUUCUGCCCAUAUUAUUUCAUCAAAAUUCAAUUACUUUAUAUGGCUAGGAGUGCUAAUUCAUGAUGUUUACCUAAAACGUAGUUUCACCGGUGGGGUCAUUUGGUAAUGUAAAAUAAAACAUGCUAAACAGAUGACCAUGCAGUAAACAAAGUUCUUCAUGUCUUAAGUGACAAGUAACUAUCGGUUUCAGCAACAAAUCCAAAUUCUUGAGGAACAUUUGUACGUACGUAAAACUGUCGAUUGGAAAAAAAAGUUUUCCUUUCUUUCUUCUUGUUAAACGUGCGUUUGAUUAGCAAGGCGUUAGUAGUCGAUUCUUCGGGAAAAUUAUGAGGCAGAAAUUCUGAUUUGGUUAAACGCUUUUCGUAGUGUCGCAUCGGUUUUUUUUUAGAAUUCUUCCCCAUAAUGCAUGGGUUGUUGUUGUUGUUGUUUUUAGAUAAAUGUCUAGAUGUUGUUCGUAGAUAAAUUACCUACGCUUCUCUGAAAACCAGGUUUUCCUGAAAUUAACGAACGAUUCGGAUAGGCUGACUGCCUCUUUCUCUCGGCUAUUUUCAAAUUAAACGUAUCUUUGUAUGUAACUACAUAGAUAAGUGCAUUCGUCGGAGAAAAUCAAAGUCGUAGAGGAAAAAAACUACACUGUGUACUGAAUGUAUGAAUGUUUACCGUUUUACUCCCUAGAUAUCGUUAGUAAUUCUUCUCACUGUCAGCCACACGAUUCUCGCGAUGUUAGGUCAGAGAAUUUAGUAUUUGAUCAACUGUUAAUACCGGCCCUGAUUGAUAUUUUUCCUUAUUCUCGUCACUUUUCUGCUCGAUAUUGUAUUGAUAUUGUAAAGAGAAAUUCUGUCUCGGUCACUGAUGGGAGUUAAAUAGUUAAUGCCUCCCUAUAAACAAAUCAUGUCUGCAUGGAAAUCAAUCGUGGUACUGAGAAACUUGCCUAGAAUCAGCACUUAGCAAAAGUUCUACACCUAUUAAGAAAACAAAAAAAUUAAAGUCGGAAAAAAAUGGCUUUGCGGGGAGUGACUGUUUUCCAAUGUGUCAAUGUCGGCUGUGGCUUUUUGCGCAUGAGCAGAGUGCCAUUUGAAACAAAUGCGCAUGUGGUAGAGGAUCUGCAGGCGUUUAAGAUUCUACUUGCAGAUUAGGCAUGCGCAUUGUUUUCUUGAUUGAUGAGUUGUACUAAACGUUCAAAUACAUAGGCACAAGAGUAAACAAUCUGAUAUCGGUAAUAAUUAGAAAAAAAGUGAUCUUCGAAUAGUGGUUGCGAACAUUGAGAGGACGUUAGCACCAAGACUAGAACGGGUAAUGGAAAUUUUACAAAGAUCUUCCAACUUCUUCCGACUAAGCUGCAAGAUGAUUGAAAAUUUCAGAUAACAAAACCGACACUGAUGACAGGCCACGAUAACGUGUGUUUGAUAGAUUAGACCAUAAGAAAGAAAAUCCUUAGUUUCUGUUUACUUUUGAGAAUUUUUUAUUUGAAUUAUCAAACAGUAUUUUAAAGCGAGAAAUUAUUUGCGAGUUUUUUGAGCGGUCAUUUGAAUAUUCGGUGUUUUGAUGAGAUAUUUUCUUUAUUUGAUUACGGGCUUUGCUGCUGGUUUCGAGUCAAUAUUCCUGCCGCAAUUCUGAAUUUCGUAAAUUAUUUUCUAGUGAGCUAUGAUCAGUUUUUUUGAAAGCUGUUUGUAGACGACACUUAUAAAUUAUUUAAAUCAUAUCUCAAAAAAAACAAGCCUCUGAUCUCCAUACUUAUAUACCCUGAGGUCAUGCAGGUUACUGGUGAGAUUGAACGUUUUCCCAUAUUUAUAUCAGCUGAAAAAAAAAUGUUAUAGUGCUCACUGUAAAUUGACAAAUCAUUCCUUGUUGGUGCAAAAUUAUUGAUGAUAACAUAUUUGCGAAAUUUAUGGUAAUAUUUACUAGUAAGGGCAAAGAUUUAAGAAAGUGUGCAUCGAUUUAGACUAAACAUUUAGUUCUCGCAGUAGCUAAACUGUUCGCAGCUGUUCAGCAACCUUGAGCCUCUUCGAUUUUAGAAGAUCAUAUUCCGAAAUAAUUGUUGCUAGUCUUUUGGUAUUUGUGGUUACCCAUGCCACUAUAAACCGAGACAUUCUCGAUUUUUUAAACGCCAUUUCUUAAACGAAUAAAACGCAUAUCUAAAAAUGCCCUCAGCUCAAAACAGCUAAAAGUUGACUGGUUAACUGAAAGUCACAUUUGCCUUAUUCUUGUUUUAAGCGGGUAAAAAAAAAAAAAAAAAUUUGUGUUUAUUGAUAAACUGAACUUGGAGAGAGCUAAAGACUCAAAAAAAUGCCUUUGUAACCUUUCGUUUACUUUCCGGUUUUGAAUUUUAUCUGGUUGGUCAAACAUAGGGCGCUAAGCAGCUGUGUUCUUAAAGUCCACGGUGAAAGCUGUAUUAUUUCGCAAACAAUGCACCAGCGAUUCUUUUUGACAUGUUCUUCGUAGCAUUAAUUACAUUUACCAGAGCUAAAUUUUAAACAAUUUUCGUGUCUUCUAUUGUAUUCGAGGAGUUAUUACCCAAAAAGUCAACCCGAAGAAAUGUUUAAUUAUUUCCACCCAAUCAAAAUCCACCAAGGAGGAUGGCUUGCAAAAAAAAAAAACAAAAAAACGAAGAGGUGAGAAGAUCCGUGAUCGCGUGUUUGACAGUGUUAAUUUAAAUAUAUCAAACACGAAUUAUGCCCAGACUAGCUUUGGGUCUUGAACUGUGAGCACAGCUUCGACUCGCUUCAGGGUUUAUCUACAUAUUGCAAUUUCAAAAGAUCAUCCCUAAAAAAACAGGUAACUUUCUACAUUGUUUGGUCGAUAGGAAAAAAAAACUAGUACAUCUUGAAUAAGUAUAUGAAAAAUUACUUAUUGGCAUGGACUGUUGCUCUUAGCUUUAGAAACUCCAUUUCAAGAAAAUGCUUUUCAAUGAAUAUGCUGAGGGGAGUCGUACUACAAUAAUUUCGAUUCUUCAUCAAUCGGCAGGGAUAGACCUUUCUUUCUGAAUAGUUUUCAAUGUCGUUUAUUAAUUUUUUUCUGAUCUCGAUUUAACUCUUCCCUAUAAUGAAAACCCAAUUUGAAGCUUUAGCUAAAACUGAAAGCAUUUUAUUGGGAAUUGCAUUGCAAUUACGUGUCGGGUUUCUUUGAAGAUGGUAGCUUAUUAUAUCCAAAACAAUGUUUUGACUACAGAAUCAUAAUUGCACGCGCGGGAAAUUAUUGAUUCGGAAACUGAGAAUCAUUUGGCAUCUUGAAAUUUAGAAACGCCAAUAGAACGUGAAAGGGCAAAUCAGCUUUCUGUGUUUUUUGAAACGUAAUAAAGCUUAAACAUGAAGCAAUUAGAAGUUUUGUUUCGUAAACACAAUAACUGCUCUUUCAGCAAUAUGCUUUGUUUGGCUGAUGUUGACAUUUCACUCCAAGUUUGCGACCAUAGUUUGAUCGAUUUCUGUCGAUCUUAAUUGCGUUCUUCUAAACUGCACUCAUUUGAAAAGAAAUGCGUUUUCUUCAUCUCUUUUUUAAAAAGGAGCUGCGUCUUAAGAUUCCACGGCAGAAGUUGAAAAGAGACAAAGACAUUUCCUUAUUCUUGUAUCGUAACCAGAAACGUUAUCAUCCAAACAUUUCUACGAAAGCGAUAAUUACUAUUCAGAAAUUUUAAUGAAACAUAUGCCCCUAACGCCAUACGUAUAUUGUAGCUGAGUGAAAUGUAAUGGCAGAAUGAAGAUUUUGGCAAAACAAACAAAUUGUAUCACAGUGAAGUCAGACACAACAGAGUUUCAAUGAUUGAAGUGAAAAAAAGUAAUAAAAUAAUCAUGAAGAAACUAUUGCAGACAUCAAAAUUUGGCUCUACAGCGCUUAAAAUGUCUUGCACUAACAACAGACUAAUUUGAAUUUGAUUAGGAAAGGUCUAUAUCAGAAAAUUAAUCAUUUGGAGAAGUCGCGCAGCUGAGUAGCGUCAGAACCUUGUUUUUAGCGCCUUGCACAAUUCUAUAGUUCACCUCUAUGCGCCUGUUAUAAAAUCAAACUUUCGUAAAAUCUUUUAAAAUAAGAAGUUUGUCGUCUCAUAUGUAUCAGGUGUUACGUGUCAUCCAAGUUAUGUCUGUUUCUUUUUCUGAACUGUUGUGAAGAUCCCAUGCAGACGAGCACCAGAACUGUGACUAUUCAUUUCGUUUUCCUGCUGACUUCUUGUAAAGAAAAUACGACUUCUCUCUAACAAAAUCAUGAUGUGCACUGCAUUUCGCAAAUUCAGAAGCACGGCUGAUCACAAACGAUAAUCAGAACAGAGCGAGUUAUGACAAGAAGCUGAUGAACGCUUAAAGUAAAGAUAACCAAACAUGCUCGGUGGCGGAAAAAAGCGUAUUUUCAAAUGACUCAUUCGAUGGUUUAGUUUAAAUCGCUACUGAUUGGCUGAAAAAUUUUAUGAAUGUCUAUUCCGCAGAAAGAUGGGUAGUUUUGCAAUUCAAAGGAUAGAAAAUACUGUAGAGGUACUUCCAAUGAGACUACGCGGUGAUGAUGCUCUGUCUACAACAAAAGACGAAACAAAACGGAAGGAAUCCAACAGUAUAAGCCAUUCAAACAACAUCCGCAAAGCAUCCUGGGCGAAGCGGAACCCGCAACAUUCGAGCAUUCUUAGCAGCGGAUUAUCUGACGAAAUUGUCUGUCAAACUUGCACGGACACGACACGUAACACAUCUAUGUUAAAUCAUAGUGGUAGAAUGAGUCUUCCAAUGAAUGGAAAAUACGCUAAUAAUCAUAUUCACUGGAAGCGUAAUGGAGUACCAGACAAAGCCACGAGUCAGCAACGUUUUCCAGGGAAGGCAAAUGGCUCGUCGUCGCAACUUAGCAAGCAACACAACUCCCACUCAGGGAAUGUAACCUGCUGUGGAUCAACCCGUAGCCGAACUUUUCAAGAGAAAGGCCCUGAUAAACCUUGGAAAAGCAAAGGGGAUUAUUUUGUAGCGAUGCUAACAUAUCUUCUGGGAGUAGGAAAUGUUAUCAGAUUUCCUCAGCUGUGCUUCAAACAUGGAGGAGGUAAGGAUGUUGUAAUUUUUUUUUCAUUCAGUUACAUUAUUGCGAAAUGUCUGAUCAAAAACGAUUCAGGUAUUCUUUUGCGAACACAGAGAGACACUUUGAUCUCAAAAGUAACCGUCGCAGCGGAUAUAACGUUACCUUCCUUUAUUUGAUAAAUCGCAAAGUAGAGAGUGAUAAGAUUUCAAAACCAACAUCAAAUUUAUAUUUUUGGAUCUUGAAUUUGAAAGGCGAGGAUUCAGUGCAAUCAUAAGAUUUUUAUGAUAAAACAGUGCCUAUCUACCGUAUCAGUCUUCAGUAUCAUUGAAAUAACACAAAUAAAUCAAGCUCUCGCGGAUUAUCAUGGGAGGCGAGGUGGCCAAAUGGUUGUGGUCAUGCUGGAUUCUGGAUUCUGGUCUGGGUUCGUGUUCUGGUCCAAUCAGAGUCUUUUACUCUUGAACAAGAAAGUUUACCUUCACCAUGCUUCCCUUCACUUGACUAGGAGUAAAAAGAGGCUGUUGGGGACUGUCUAUAAAAUUAUUACGCCUAAAAUUUUAUCGUUUGUCCUAUUCGGAGUGAAUAACAAUGCUCCUAGUCACCUUCUGGCAACGAAAAUUUAGGUAAUCUCCGGCAGAUGGGCAACCCAACUUAAAAUCUGACUACACGUGCUGAUCACUUUAUUGUGAUUAUUUUCAUAAAAUCAUUGUUGCUGCUGAUGUUAUUACCUUUACUUUCACAAUAACUAAAGCAUUUUUUAUUUACUUAGUGAUCUAAUUUGUUCACUUUUGUAGGUGCAUUCUUCAUCCCGUACUUCAUCAUGUUAAUCUUAGAAGGAAUUCCCCUCAUUUGCCUUGAGAUGGCUGUUGGACAGAGACUGGGGAGGAACUCUGUCAUGAAAUCCUGGAAGGAUCUCAGUCCAAGUCUCAGAGGAAUUGGUAUGGCCGCGACCAUCGAAAGCCUGGUGACGUGCUUUUAUUACAAUUACAUUGUGGCCUGGUGCCUUUAUUAUUUUAUUCAUUCCAUGAGAAGUUCACUAUUAUGGACUACCUGUCCCACUAUAAAUGACACCGUAAAUAGAACUUUGGUCCCAGAGUGUUCACGAACUAAUCCAGCCGAGUAUUAUUGGUACAGAGAAACAUUAGACGUUGCUGAAGAUAUCAACAAAAGCACAGGUAAGAAAUGACGUCAUUUGAAUUGAGAUGUUUGAGAUGGUGAUACUGCUGAAAGUAUCUGAGGUGGAUGCAUUUGAAAUAUUUCAUAUGCCAAUGGGUAUUAAUGUUCGGCUCUUAUUUUGAAGACGAAUCUAAGUUUGUGUUUUUGAUUUUGGGGGGAUAGUGGAAUAACUGCUAUUGCAGGAAUUGCUGAUAAAAAUUAAAUUUGAUUAUUGAUUUCGAAACCAAGAGAAAAUGAGGGGAGAGAGAGGGAGGCGUUAGAUAUAUCAGGCCUUGGAUUAUUUCAACUCCAGUAGGUUAUUUUUAGAGAGUUUCUUGAGACAAAUGUCUUCUGCAACGUCCGCUUCGAGGCUAACUUUGAUCUCAUAUUCUGAUUAAAAUCAAAGUAACAACAGACAGCCUAGGUAUUACUUUCGUCUAUCAAAACGACCUCUAAAAAUACUUCUUUCCCGCCUAAAACCAACGUCCUGAUGAACCAUUUGUGUCCCCUUCAUGAUGUUAACAAAGUUGCCCUUGAAUUAUGUAACAGAUGACCCAAACAUCUUAUGGAAUUUGGUUUGAUGUGAUUCAAUAAAUCGAUAGAGCUCUUUUCAACUGAAAGACAAAAGUAAUCCGACAUUUUAUUGGCUUUUCUUUAAUUUGCGCUAUGAUUGGUCCAAAAAACUUACGCCAUACUCUUAACCUAUCAGAAGCAAACUUAAACCACGACUCGGUUACCCACGUUCCCCCGAGCUUAAGACAGUUCGCUUGAUUCACUUUGAGUUCACAUUGGUUCUUAAGGGUAUUUUCCUUUCUCUUGAUCGGCCGAUCGUCUUAUUACCAUGAUAUCAACAGGAAUCAACAUGUAUCUGUUCUUGUUUGUUGUGAUCUCCUGGACGGUGUCGUUCUUACUAACCAUGCGUGGCUUGCGAGCAGCGUCAAAGGUGAGUAAGGCAAUAAAAUUAUUUUGAUGUAUUCGUAAUGUUUUCCUGGUCUUGGGGAAUGAAUGGCAAAGUACUUCGUACUGAGCCCGUUUCGUUCACCUUUUGAUUGUGGAUUGGGUCGAGGGUGGUCCUGAAAAGGACUGUUGUCGAUAACAGAGACCUUCAUUUAAACAACCUGAGCGGACUUUAUUAUCAGAGUCAAGUGAGGAGUUGUUUGACAGUUUGCCAACAAUAAGUUGUUCUGGGGAAACAGAUUGCUCAUCCACUGUUUUACAUGCAGAGCAGUUUUUAAUGAGUGUCUAAAGUAAUCCGAGAUUGGUUUGGCUUUUAAUUUUGCUCUGUGAUUGGUCCAGAAAACUCGCGCCAUCCCCUCAACCAAUCAGAUGCAAAACUAAAAGCAAUCGCGACUUUGUCACUCGCGUUUUCCCGCGCUUCAAGCAGUUAACUUGUUUUUAACCGGAUGUUUUUCAUUGGUUAAUGAUAAUGUAUACCUUUUCUCUGGUUGGUCACUGUGAUCAUUACUUUGUUUUGGACUCUUCGAAUUCAGUGUUAUCAGCUUUAAAGUAGUGUGCGGGAAGAAAUUAUAAUAUUUUGCGUAAACCAAUGGUAAUUCAUCAUUUUUGUCUUUUUAUUAAUUUAAUUAAACGACUUACUUUUUCAGGUUUUGCUUGUGGCUCUCAUUUUAAUCGUUAUCAGUCUCGUUACAUUUUUCUUUGUCAGCGUACAUCAUGACGGCUGGGCUCAAGGACUUGCAAGGCUUUUCAUCCCGGAGGUAGGUAACUUCUAAUUUUAGAAUAACGUUUGUUUUGAUUUGAAGAACUUGUCCUGUCAAGACUCUUUUGGAUACUGAUUUUAGGAGGAUCAAUCCUUGAUCUUCCAUGUGAAAUUUAAUCUUUCUUUCACAAAAAAAUUGGAAUCAAAGAAAACAAAACAAAACCAUAGGUGAUUGCGAUGAAGUCAAACAGAAAAAAAGCUAAGUAGUGUAAAUAUGAUGCAUCCUCCCAAAUUCAGUUAAGCUGGUUUGGUUGAUUGUUGAUUGUAAAACGUCGUUAUUUAAAUCUUAACAACAGUAAUACGUAGAUGAUUUUUUGCUAUAUUCUCAGUGGGAAAGACUCAAAGACCCAGUAGUGUGGAUGGACGCCGCCGGGCAAAUUUUCUUCUCUCUGGGGGUUGGACUCGGCAGCGUUACCUUGUUUUCUACAGGGAACCAACCAAAAAACAGCUUCAUAAUGGACGCUAUCAUGUGUGCGUUGGGAAACUGUGCAACCUCUUUAUGGGCAAGCAUUAUUAUGUUCUCGUUCUUUGGCUUCAAGGCUCGCAAAAAAUUUCUCAAAUGUGAGGAUAGACUCGCCGCACUCCGAGAUAACGACUCCUUGUUCAACACCACCAAAACAAUGACAUGUAGCUACCAAGAGAUAUUUAAUCAAGUAAGUAUGAAUACUUCUCUGUUUUAAGGGAAAACAAAUGAUCAUAACGUACAUUAGACUAACGGCCAUUUGCGGUCAUUUAGCUCCGGUUUGAAAGUGAGGCUUAGUGUUUUGUGACAGGGCCCCACUGAUCAGGGAAAAAAUAAUAAUACACAAGUACGUUUGCCAAAGGGAAAGUGAAGAAAGUGAUCAAACAAUCAGGUUUAGGCUCUUCCUGAAUCAAAGUUGCACUCUGUCAUGCGCUUUUAAUAAAUCAUGUCUUGAUCUGAUUCCCGAACAUUGCAAUGAAGUAUUCGGUCCAAUUAUAAACAUUUACACAAUGCUGAAGGGCUUCAUUGUUCCAUAUCACUAUCUUCAAUUAUACAACAGCGAUUCUGUUUGCGUUUGUUUCGUGCAAAACCUUUUGAAUAAUGUUUUAUUGAUCAUUUCAGCUUCCUCCAGGGAUGUCCCUCGGGUUUGCGGGACUUAGCGAGGUGUUUACUCAGAUGUCCCUUUCUCCACCACUUUGGUCUUCUCUCUUCUACUUUCUUUUGUUCUUACUAAGCUCCUCCAGUAUGGUGGGCAUGAUUGAGAUCGUAAUUACAACUUGCAAGGAGAUCACAUUUUUCCCUCGAACGUGGAGAAAUGAAGUCAUUUGUGGUGAGUCUGUGUCGUGUCAUUUGCUGGAUUUGAGUCGUGUUAUUUGCUAGAUUUAUUAUGGCUUAUUAAGCUUUCGCCCCACCGUAGGUUCGUUCCCUACCACCUUUGUGUUUUCGCAUCUUGGGGUGAAGGGAUUUUGCGCCCACCUUUACCAGUUCGCCGAGUGGUUUGUGAAUAAGACUCCAUUUGAAGGAGAGGGUAGAGGAUAACGGAAAUCUCUCCAAGGGAGAGUUCUCUUAGACGCUUCAUGUCAGUGAAACCAGCAGAAUGGGGUUAAACUUGCGACGGAUUAGCAUACCAUCUGGGGGAAAGUGGCGCGAACAUGUUAUCGCUACACUCUACUGAUAUCGGGAUAAGCUGAAUCAGGAAAGGUUACCUGGCUCGUAAACUAAUUUCGCCUUUAUCUUUUGUAGGAAUAUUCUGUCUCACUAUGUGUAUCAGUAACCUAUUAUUCGUGCAAUCAACUGGUUUUUACUUGCUGGAAGUUAUCAGCAACGCUAGUUCCAUUCCUCUUCUCCUCAUCGGUCUUGCAGAGUGUAUAGGUGUAGCUUUUGUCUAUGGAAUGGAAAGGUCAGUGUUUUUAAGUUAUAGCCGGCUCUAUUUGAAUAAGUGUAUGACAUUUAGGACUUAAGUAAUCAUAACGGCCAAUCGGAACACAGAUAAAUAUCACAAGGAGUGAAGUAUUCGCGAAUGACCGAGUUGCGAUUGGUUUUUGUUUUUACUUAAUUAUUUGAGACUUACGAGAGCAGCACGAGUUCUUUCAAGGGUAUAGUAGUUUGCAAUAAAAAGAGACGAACGUAAGGCAAACCCAUAUAUGCCCGUGCGCUUCCCUCGAAGUGGACCGGGGGCGAGUCAAUAUGUUCAAUCCUAACCAAUCACCUGGAAUAAGCAAAAUCACAGCUGAAUGACGCUACACGAGUUUGACAGCCAAUAUACCUCGGCAAACUGACCAAUCAAUUUUCAUAUCACUUGACAUGAGAGAUAAAUCCUUUCUUGACUAUGAUGCGCUCAGGCUGUCGUCAGUCAAAAACAGUUAGCAACAACAGUUAGCAACAACAGUCCUUCUCGGGUACUACUUUCGUGCACCCGGACGCGGCCGAACCACACGAACAGCUGUUACACCAGAUCUUGGGCUGUAGAAGCUAGUUAGCCCUAAAAUAUCCGAGCUCUUCAUCAAGUCUUGGGCUGUAAAAUGCCUUACUUUAUCCUGCAGGUUUUCAAAAGAUCUUAGUUCAAGAACUGGAAAACAAGUGAAGAGUAGAUGGAAGCUUUGUUGGAAGUUUAUUUCUCCCCUAAUAAUUUUCAGCGUCAUAGUUGGAGGAAUUGUCCAAAUGAUAAGAAUUGGAGAGUUCACAUAUACUGCGUGGGACCGAACUGAGGUAAUUUCAAGAAUGUUAUGUUUUAUACUGUUUCAUUGCGGUCGGUGGGGUGAUUCGCUGUCGUGUGAUAUGGAAAUCAAUGCCACUAGUACAGAUCUUCAUCAAACUUUGACAGACUAAAUAAUCGCUCAUCGAAUAGCUUUUGAUGCCUGUUGUAGUGUCUUGGUGGUUAGCCUGUGAGCAUGUCCUCAUAAUUAACGCUACAAGACGCGCCUUUUACCACCUCCGGAAAGAUUUGAGACGAGCUAGGGAGAGGUCUGCCGGGGGUGCUGACUCUAAUAAUGAGGCCUUUUAUCAGUACUAGACUCCUUGCAGACCUCUCGGUGGCUUGUGCUGCUCAAGGUUUUAAACUGUCCCGCGGAUGAAGAAAUGCUUAUAUAGCGGGCUAGUAUCUCCGUAAUUCCGACCCAUGCACGUGCGCGUUUUGUUUUUAUGUCACGUUGUGUCAUGUUCAGCUUAAACUUAUUAUUGGUUUUUACAGUAUUCCGAUUUUUAAACGUAUUUUCACAUGCAGCAUAUGCAUCAUUUUAUGAAUUUCUCUUCCAGGCAAAAGUCAAGGCACUACCUUAUCCUCCAUGGGCGUAUAUAAUCUAUCUGUUUUUCGUCUUGAUUCCAUCGGUGUGCCUAAUUUAUCCUCCCAUAAUGGACCGUUUAACACGCGGUAGACGAGGGCCGGAUAUAAUGCAGUCUCCGAGUGACAAUAGUUCAGUUGCAAGCACUAACUGUACCCCGCCCUGUUGUAUUGGAAGAUCAAGGUCGUACAGUAUCGAUAUCCCUCCUGUUAGUAAUAUCUGUGUUAACGGACAUGUGAACCGAACAGUUGACGAGAAUGAUUGAUGUUGCGAAGAUAUUACAAGUAAAUACCGCAGAUAUUACAAGUAAAUACCGCAGUUUAUGGCUCAACACAUUUGGAAUCAAAGAGGGAGAACAAGCGGAUGAGUUCAAAGAGAAGUUAAAUCUCAUACUUAGCGAAGAAGAGCACGCGAUACUCUGGUCAGCGAUAAAUAUGCGCAUGCUUGUUUCGAUC